UGUCGCCUCUCAUCUUCCUCUGCACUUGCCAUGGCUGGAGAAAUAGUAUAUGCUGAUUUAAACAUUCCUGGAGCUUUUUCCACUUCAAAGUCACUGCAUCCAUCUCAGCAUCCCAAUAGCACUCGGUGCCCGCGCUGGCAUCGGAUGGCUCUAUGGCUUGGAUGGGCCGGGAACGUCAUCCUGCUGGCAGCUGUGAUCACACUUGGUGUUUGGGGUCAGACUGGAAGACAGAGAACAACAAAUGGAAUUGAAAGUAAUUCCAGCCUGAAGGAUUCCCAGUCUUGCUUGAAUCAAAGUUUGUAUCCAAAGCCAGACAACAACUCAACAGAGGGCUGUGGGUGCAAACUGUGCCCCGCUGACUGGCUGCCGCACAGGAACAAGUGCUACUGGGUCUCUAAAGAAAGUAAAACAUGGAAUGAUAGUCGUGAGGACUGCUCAGCGAAGAGCUCUCAAAUGCUUGUGAUCCAAGAUAAGGAGGAGCUGGUACAGUAA